AUGUCACACUCCAGCAGCCAUUUCUUGAUGCUGCCGACCGAUGUGCAUGCCAUGAUCGCGGAUCAGCUUUGCGCGGACUCGUUGCUUCAACUGUCGCUCGCCUGCCAUCAAGCCAAGGACAUCUACGCGAAGCCGCUGGCGAGCUGCGCUAGCCUCUGUGGCGCCGAGCAGAUCUUGCGCUUCAUUCAACGCUGCUCAUCACAAGUGGAUGUCAGCCAGCGCGCACCGUGCUGCUCGUCCGGGCACCCGCUACCUCGCAAGCCCGCGGGCGAUGUGAAGGCGGCCAAGUCGCGGGCGGAGGCGAUCCGCGAUCUGGUGCUGUGGGAGCCUGGCACGCUGCACGGCUCCGAGACGAGCGAGCUGCUGCGCCUCCUCCACGCGCUGGAGGAAGAUCGGGGCCCGGUGGACGUCGCAGCAACUGGCGGCCUGCUCGGUGCCGUCGUGCGUCUGUGCCCGAAUCUGCGCGCUCUCACUGUCGCGCAGUCGUCGCUGCCCUUCAGCGCGCCGCUGGCGGUCGCGCUGUGCACUUGGGCCACGGACCUGCGACACCUGACCUUCAAGACGAAGCACUGCGACGUCGACUCGGUCGCCCUCGUCCUCGACUCGCUGCCGCUGCGCUCGCUCAACGUUUCGGGCCUGCGGACUUGCCCCUGCCGCGGCACCGCGGGCGUCAGCAAGGCAGCCAGUGACCUCGGUGACGCCAUCGCACGGGCGCCUGAGCUGCGCCGCCUCGUGCUGACUUCGAGCCGCGCAACGGCUGUGGCAGGUGGCUCCCUCUUCACGCGCAUGGCCAGGUCUUCCAACACAGUGCUCGAGUCGCUCGAGAUCCGGCGAUCGCCAGUCAGCGGGCCAGCUCUCGGCGCAUUCCUCGCCAGCCCGGCUGCAUCGCGCCUCUCGCACCUCUUCCUCGGCGGGCUCAAGCGCGUGUACGCGCGGCAUCUCAGCGAGGCACUGGAAGCGGCACACGGCGCACAGUCAAGCAUCGUGUCCAGCCACGCUGCCCUUGAGCUCGAGCUCGAUGGUCGCCUCUUCUCGCAAGACCUGCUGCGCAUGCUCGGCCACCGCAUCAGCCGACUGCGCGUCUUCGAGCCAAGCGUCCGUUGCCUGGAGCUGGUCAUGGACGCGCAACAGCAAGGCCGACUGCCGCGCCUCGCGCACGUCACUCUCCUGCCGCGCGAAGGACACGAGGCGCGCUGCCGGCAGGCCCUGCAAGCGUUCGAGCACGCAGGCGUGGCGCGUGCGGAGCUCGGCGACGAGGCGUGGACGGCAGUGCAGGCCGAGAAGCAGCAAAUGCGCGAGGCUGCACGGCUCGAGGAGGAGGCGCGCCUGCAGUCCGCAGCGAACGCCGCGACGGGCGACUGGGAGGCCGAUCCAGAGGGCAUGGUCUGGGGCGGCGGCGCGCUGGGCUGCAUGGGUGCGCUCGUGACGGAGGCGUGGUCCGGCGGCGGGGCGAUCGAUGUCUGGCGAGAAUAG